UCCAACAUCACACGCAUGACGCAAUGCAACACAGGUUACAGGUUUCACCUAUACAUCAUUAUUACACGACACACGCUUUCACUCUCUGUUUUUUUUUUUUUUUUUUUAUCUUCUUCCAUCUUUGUUCUUCUUCAAAAGAUUUUUUUCACACAUCAAAACCAUUUCUAACAUAAAAAAUGGCACCCCCUUCAGAGAAGAACCCUAGAAAGAGAACAUGGGAUCAUGAAAAAGAUUUAUAUGAUUUCCUUCUUCACAAGAUUAGGGACCCUAAUACUCAAAAGAAAAAGCUCUACGACCUUCUUCUUCACAAAUUUUACAUUAACGAUCCAAAAGCCGACUCAGACUUGAUAAAGAUCACAGAUGGUCCAUCCAGUAUUAUACAAUCUCAGCUGCUUCAUCUUCAGGAACAAAACAACGACAGCAACAGCAAUGAAGAAGAAAAUGAACGACAUAGGUUUUUAUUGAAGCAUAUGAAGCGUCAUGGAAAAUCUAAUGUACUUGAGAUAGUUGAGGAUGAUGUGUAUGUAAAAUAUGGGGGGGAUGAAUCAUCAUGUGCAACAAAGAAAAAGGAUAAACUUGGUGGAAAGAGACGUAAUGUUCAAACAAAUCGUGUGGUUUCAAAGAAGGGUGGUAGGGGUAGGAAAUUGAAAGGUGCAACAAAACUCUCUGGCUCUGCUGCUAGGAAACGUGGGAUUAACAAUAAGAAAAGUGAUGUGGCUUCAAAAGGAAAUAAAAAUGCUGGUAAAAGGAAAAGAGGACGUCCGAUAAAGAUUCCAGAAAAGAACGAUGUGAAUGAGGAAGAAGGUGUUUCAGCUGUGAAAGCUACAUUUGUUGAUGAAAGUGUGAAAAAGGAGAUUCAAGAUGAUGAUGGCGAUGAUGGUGAUGAUGUGAUUGAUAUAAUUAAUGUGGAAAGCUUGGAUAAUGAAGUCAAUCCAAGGAAAGUGGCAGAAUUUAGAGAAAAACUCAUGAAAGAAAUUAACAGGCCUUACUGUGAGGAAGAACAUAAGAAACUAUCAAGAGAAAUUAAUGCUCGAACACCGGUCCAAAAAUACAGAGAUCUGCGUGGGAGUAGCAAAACCUAUAAGGGAGAUCAUGAUGGAAAGUCUUUUCUUGAUCAUCAUCUUGAUCUUCUAAAGGAAUUAGAAGCAGCUCGUGAUGAUUUCCCCAAAGUUUUGCGUCUCCUGCGUGGAUUUUUCUUUUGGUUGAAACAUUCGCCGCUAGAAGGAGGGUUCAUGCCAUGGAGGGAUCCAUCGUGUUUUUGAUGAACUACCACAACAAUAAGAAAGGAUGAUAGUUCUGUGGUAGGUCCCUCUUUUUGAUCUAUAUGUUGUGUGCUAUGUGAUCAUAAUUUAACACAUGAGGGGACGUUUGUGCCAUGGAAAGUUCCGUCCUGUUUGGAUGUAUUACCAUCAACGAUAGGAAAGGAUGAUAGUUUACUUUUUGGGUUUGAUUUUCUAUGGUGAUGCAAGGUUGUAUUACACCAGUCUAGUUAGAAAUGGAUGCACCGUAAUUGUCUCCAAUGUAAUUUACUCUAGUUUAUUUUUGUUUUUUAACUUGUGACUAAACUUGUGAUGUGAAUUUCUAUUGUUUUUUUUCCCUUCUCUUGAAAUAUGAUGAGAUUUUAAGUCA